AUUUUUACUCCUCAGUUCUCGUCUUUCCAAAAAUAUAAAAGAAAACAGAGAGAUCUGCUUUCUCCCCACCAUUUUCUCUGUUUCUUCCAAUAGUAAUUCAUUGGAAGAUCUUUAAUGGCAGAGUUUUCUGAACAAAUCGUUCUAAGUCAAUGAAAAAUCCGCUGGUGAUACGGAGACCCAUAUCUUUUUUCUAUUAAAAUCCCUUUUUGGCUCGUACACAACACAAGUGAUCAAAGUUCAAGCAAACAUUUUUGAGUGUGUAGAGAAUGGGGAAAGCUACAAAGUGGUUCAAGGGGUUGCUGGGGAUGAAGAAAGACAAAGAAAAUGUAGACAACAUGUCGAAUUCAUCCGAAAAGAGAGACAAGAAAAGAUGGAGUUUUGGGAAGUCUUCUAAAGAAUCAAUCGGUGCCGGGGAGAAUCCGGUGAACUUUCCGGGAGACGUGCCGGCGGUGGAUACUAAUUGGCUGAGAUCUUACAUUUCUGAGAAUGAGAAGGAGCAGAGCAAGCACGCAAUUGCCGUGGCUGCGGCCACGGCUGCUGCCGCGGAUGCGGCCGUAGCGGCCGCGCAGGCGGCUGUUGCGGUGGUGAGAUUGACAAGCCAAGGCAGGGGUGCUAUGUUUACAGGUGGGCGAGAGAAAUGGGCUGCAGCUAAGAUUCAAACUGUUUUCAGGGGUUAUUUGGCCAGAAAAGCUCUUAGAGCUCUCAAAGGACUGGUGAAAUUGCAGGCUCUGGUAAGGGGUUACCUUGUCCGAAAAAGAGCUGCUGCAACGCUUCACAGUAUGCAGGCGCUCAUCAGAGCGCAGGCUGCUGUUCGAUCCCAAAGAGCUCGUCGUUCAAUGACUAAUGACACUAGACUCCAACCCGAGAUGCGAGCUAGGAGGUCCAUUGAAAGAUUUGAUGAAUAUAGAAGUGAAUUCCAUAGCAAGAGAAUGUCAACUUCGAAUGAAACGUCGUAUGAUGGAUUUGAUGAAAGCCCGAAAAUAGUAGAAAUUGACACAUACAGGACCAAAUCAAGGUCCCGUAGAAUGAACAAUGCUUGUAUGUCUGAAUCUGGAGAUGAGCAGCAUUAUCAAGCUAUGUCAUCACCACUCCCCUGUCCACUUCCAGCCCGUCUAUCGAUCCCAGAUUGUCGUCAUCUUCAGGAUGUUAACUGGAGCUUUCUAGCGGACGAACAAUGCAAGUUCACCUCUGCACAAAGUACUCCUCGCUUUGCAGGUUCUGGACGGUCCAACGCACUACCUACACCAGCCAAAAGCAUUUGUGGGGACGGAUACUUCCGGGCUUAUGCCAACUUUCCUAAUUACAUGUCUAACACACAGUCAUUUCGCGCUAAGCUACGGUCCCAUAGUGCGCCAAAGCAAAGACCAGAGCCAGGGCCAAAGAAGAGGCUGUCGCUGAACGAAAUAAUGGCAUCAAGAACAAGUUUUAGUGGAGUUAGAAUGCAAAAGUCUUGUUCUCAGGUGCAAGAAGAGUAUUGUUACUGAGUAGUUUUUGGUUUUAAAAAACUUGGCUUUGGCCUACCUUGAAUCAUAGAUUAUAAGAUAUCGUUGUAUAGAGAAGAUAAUCUAAAAAGUUGAACUUCUCUAGUGCUCUUAUCGUUCAAAAAGAAAUGAUGACAAAUUAUUACUAGGAUAGAAUGGUGUGCUUGUGUAAAUUCUUUGACAUUGUUUUAUGAAUCAAUCAAUCUUCUUGAA